GCCAGCCACUUUGUCGCGCGUCGGUGCCCCGAGGAGUUGGCGGCGGCGGCAGCAGCAGCUGCCAGAGAAUAACAGUGGCCUUUGACCGGUGGGAAUUUUACAGCCUGCUGUGUGAGCUGGACAGCCCCAGGAGGGAGACUUUGCUAGGAAGCAAAAGGCGGGGCGGAGCGGUGAAGCCCCUCCCCCAACCUCUCCUUAGUUUGACCAACUCCCUCACCCUCCUGCGUUCUUCCUUCUAGCCCGCUACACGCUGAUCUGCUGCGCAAGCGCACAAAUAAUCGAGGAGCCUUCUUGGCCCUUGGGGCUUGCGGGCUUCUGCGCGCGCUUCUCGUUCUUGCCCUUGGAUUGGUCAGAUUGCCCCGCCAUCACGCCUCCCUCUGCUUUCUAGGUUGAGAAGGAAGCGGGGAGGCGGGGCUAAGCAGCGCGUGCGCGAUACUGUUGCUGUCCCUUUGCUGCUAUUGCGUUGCAAAAAAAAAUCCUGACUAGGUAGCCUUGGGCCUUUUCUGUGCUAGAAGACCUAAAGGAGAAAGAUUUCUGCAACUGAAGGGGCAAUCGGGUAGUAUUAAAUUUGAGAUAUUAACGCCUACCCUUACAGGAGUGUGUGUGGCGUUGGAGUGGGGAAGAGCCUUAGCUUUGAGAGCCGAAGAGUGUAAAACCAUUAAUUUCGGGGCCAGGCGUUUUGAAAGGCUUCGCAGGACCUUGUUUUCUGCGUAAUUCUUCCGUUAUUAUUGACUGGUUCAAACACAACCCCUUGAACAAUUCUGAUAAACCUUUGAUACCCGCAGCCCCUCCUUCCAGCGUGUAGGAGCCGCCAGCGUGCCCGGCAGCUGGUCCUCCCGUCCUACCUCUCGAAGAGCCUAGCGCGUGCACCAUCCCCACCCCCUGGCCUCCCUCCCCACCUACGGCCUUCACGCACUCGCAGUGAUUGUUUUGCCCGCUCCCGCCGCCGCCGGCGCGGCCGCCAGAGGAGCAGCAGCGCUUGUGCAAACCGGGAAGAUGGCGGCCGGCGGCGGCGGAGGCAGCAGUAAGGCCUCCUCCUCGUCGGCCUCUUCGGCAGGGGCUCUGGAGUCCUCGUUGGAUCGAAAAUUCCAGUCGGUAACCAACACCAUGGAAUCUAUUCAAGGCCUGUCGUCUUGGUGUAUAGAGAACAAGAAACACCACACUACUAUCGUCUACCAUUGGAUGAAGUGGCUCCGGAGAUCUGCCUAUCCCCACCGUUUGAAUCUCUUCUACCUUGCUAAUGAUGUCAUCCAGAACUGCAAAAGGAAAAACGCAAUCAUUUUCCGUGAAUCAUUUGCUGAUGUCCUUCCUGAAGCAGCUGCUCUAGUGAAGGAUCCAUCUGUCUCUAAGUCUAUAGAACGAAUCUUCAAAAUCUGGGAAGAUAGAAAUGUGUACCCAGAAGAAAUGAUAAUGGCACUGAGAGAAGCUUUGAGUACCACUUUCAAAACUCAGAAGCAGCUGAAAGAAAAUCUGAACAAACAACCGAAUAAGCAGUGGAAGAAAUCACAAACAUCCACGAAUCCAAAAGCUGCUCUCAAGUCUAAGAUAGUUGCCGAAUUUCGAUCCCAGGCCCUCAUUGAAGAGCUGUUACUGUACAAGCGCUCAGAGGAUCAGAUAGAGUUGAAGGAAAAACAGCUGUCGACUAUGAGGGUGGAUGUGUGCAGCACAGAAACUCUGAAGUGUUUAAAAGAUAAGACAGGGGGAAAGAAGUUCUCCAAAGAAUUUGAAGAGGCAAGUUCCAAGCUCGAGGAAUUUGUGAAUGGUUUAGAUAAGCAGGUGAAAAAUGGGCCCUCAUUAACAGAAGCACUGGAAAAUGCUGGAAUUUUCUAUGAAGCACAAUACAAAGAAGUAAAAGUGGUGGCCAAUGCAUACAAAACCUUUGCUAAUCGAGUGAACAAUUUAAAGAAAAAGCUGGAUCAAUUGAAGUCAACCCUUCCUGAUCCUGAAGAAUCACCAGUCCCUUCCCCAAGCAUGGAUGCUCCUUCUCCGACUGGUUCCGAGUCUCCUUUUCAGGGAAUGGGAGGUGAGGAAUCCCAGUCACCAGCCAUGGAGAGUGAGAAGUCUGCCACACCUGAGCCUGUGACAGAUAAUCGUGAUGUGGAAGACAUGGAACUCUCAGAUGUGGAAGAUGAUGGGUCAAAAAUCAUUGUAGAGGACAGGAAGGAAAAACCUGCGGAGAAGUCCGCUGCUUCCACUUCUGUACCCACAAAGCCAACAGAAAGUAUCUCCAAGGCCUCUUCGUGUACCCCAGUGCCUGUGACCAUGACAGCAACGCCCCCUCUUCCAAAGCCUGUGAAUACUUCUCUUCUGUCCCCUUCUCCAGCACUGGCUUUGCCAAACCUGGCUAAUGUGGAUCUGGCAAAGAUCAGUUCCAUCCUUAGUAGCCUGACAUCAGUCAUGAAAAAUACUGGGGUCAGUCCUGCAUCAAGACCUUCUCCAGGAACUCCUACAAGUCCCAGCAACCUCAGCACUGGCCUGAAAACACCUGCACCUGCCCCAACAACAUCUCACAAUCCUCUGGCAAAUAUCCUCUCAAAGGUGGAGAUCACCCCAGAGAGCAUUCUGUCUGCUCUUUCCAAAACCCAGACACAGUCAGCCCCUGCACUGCAAGGCCUGUCAUCUUUGCUUCAGAGUGUUACUGGGAACCCAGUCCCAGCCAGCGAAGCUGCAUCCCAGAGCACUUCAGCUUCCCCUGCAAACACCACAGUCUCUAGCAUCAAAGGAAGAAAUCUGUCCUCCAGUACCCAAUCCUUUAUUCCUAAAAGCUUCAACUAUUCUCCUAAUUCAUCAACUUCUGAAGUCUCUUCAACAUCAGCUAGCAAGUCCUCAAUUGGGCAAAGCCCAGGGCUCCCAAGCACUACUUUUAAGCUACCAUCCAACUCUAUGGGGUUUACAGGAACCCACAGUACUAGCCCUGCUGCCCCACCUACUGAAGUUGCCAUGUGCCAAUCUUCAGAGAUCUCCAAGCCAAAGCUGGAGUCUGAGUCCACCUCUCCAAGCCUGGAAAUGAAGAUCCACAACUUCUUAAAAGGUAAUCCUGGUUUCAGUGGCUUAAACUUAAACAUCCCAAUCCUGAGCAGCUUGGGGUCCAGUGCCCCAGCAGAAAGCCACCCCUCAGACUUCCAGCGUGGCCCUACUAGCACGUCAAUUGACAACAUUGACGGAACCCCUGUGCGGGACGAACGGAGUGGGACGCCCACCCAGGAUGAGAUGAUGGACAAGCCCACAUCCAGCAGUGUAGACACCAUGUCCCUGCUUUCUAAGAUCAUUAGCCCUGGUUCCUCAACACCCAGCAGUACAAGAUCACCACCCCCUGGGAGAGAGGAAAGCUACCCCCGGGAACUCUCCAAUUCUGUAUCUACAUAUCGACCUUUUGCCCUGGGCAGUGAAUCACCCUAUAAACAGCCUUCGGAUGGAAUGGAGAGGCCAUCUUCACUGAUGGACUCUUCACAGGAGAAGUUCUAUCCAGAUACUUCUUUCCAGGAAGAUGAGGAUUACCGAGAUUUUGAAUACUCGGGGCCUCCACCCUCUGCCAUGAUGAACCUAGAGAAGAAGCCGGCCAAAUCUAUCCUGAAGUCAAGCAAGCUCUCUGAUACCACCGAAUACCAGCCAAUCCUCUCCAGUUAUAGCCACAGGGCCCAAGAAUUCGGGGUAAAGUCUGCCUUCCCUCCAUCUGUAAGGGCUCUCCUGGACUCUAGUGAGAAUUGUGACCGUCUCUCCUCUUCCCCCGGGCUAUUUGGUGCCUUCAGCAUAAGAGGGAGUGAACCGGGGUCUGACCGGUCACCGUCACCGAGUAAGAAUGAUUCAUUUUUCACCCCUGACUCCAACCACAAUAGCUUGUCUCAGUCUACCACUGGGCAUCUCGGUUUGCCGCAGAAGCAGUACCCAGAGCCUCCUCACCCAGUCCCACAUCGUUCCCUUUUCUCUCCGCAGAAUACCCUUGCCGCUCCCACGGGCCACCCACCCACACCAGGCGUGGAGAAAGUCCUGGCCCCCACCAUUUCCACCACGUCGACGAUUGAGUUUAAGAAUAUGCUUAAAAAUGCCUCGCGAAAGCCCUCGGAUGAUAAGCAUUUUGGGCAGGCCCCCAGCAAGGGCACUUCAAGUGAUGGUGUUGGCCUGUCAAACCUCACCCAGCCCAGCUUGACAGCCACCGAUCAGCAGCAGCAAGAAGAGCACUACCGCAUAGAAACCCGAGUCUCCUCCUCCUGCUUAGACUUGCCUGACAGCACCGAAGAGAAGGGGGCCCCUAUAGAAACCUUGGGUUAUCAUAACGCAUCCAAUAGGAGGAUGUCAGGGGAGCCGAUACAGACCGUAGAGUCCGUCCGAGUUCCUGGGAAGGGAAAUAGAGGACACGGGCGCGAGGCUUCAAGGGUGGGUUGGUUUGAUCUGAGCACCUCAGGCAGCUCCUUUGACAAUGGCCCCACAAGUGCCUCUGAGUUGGCAUCCCUUGGGGGUGGGGGCAGCGGAGGCCUCACUGGCUUUAAAGCAGCACCAUACAAGGAACGGGCACCCCAAUUUCAGGAAAGUGUCGGCAGCUUCCGUUCCAACAGUUUCAACUCAACAUUUGAGCAUCAUCUCCCCCCAUCCCCCUUGGAACAUGGGACACCCUUCCAGAGAGAGCCAGUGGGGCCGUCAUCUGCCCCACCUGCCCCUCCUAAGGAUCACGGGGGUAUCUUCUCUCGAGAUGCACCCACUCAUCUACCCACAGUGGAUCUUUCGAACCCCUUCACAAAGGAGGCGGCCCUGGCCCAUGCUGCCCCACCCCCUCCUCCUGGAGAGCACAGCGGAGUUCCUUUCCCCACCCCACCCCCUCCUCCACCCCCUGGGGAACAUAGCAGCAGUGGUGGGAGUGGUGUUCCCUUUUCUACUCCACCUCCUCCUCCACCCCCUGUUGACCACUCUGGGGUUGUACCCUUCCCAGCUCCACCACUGGCAGAGCACGGAGUGGCGGGAGCUGUGGCAGUAUUUCCCAAGGACCAUAGUUCCCUUCUUCAAGGGACCCUGGCUGAGCAUUUUGGGGUGCUCCCAGGACCCAGGGACCAUGGGGGCCCCACCCAACGGGACCUCAACGGCCCUGGCCUUAGCCGUGUACGAGAGAGCCUCAGCCUACCCUCCCAUUCUCUGGAGCACCUGGGCCCAGCCCAUGGAGGAGGAGGUGGGGGAGGCAGCAACAGCAGCAGUGGCCCCCACUUGGGUCCCUCACACAGAGACGCCAUCAACCGGAGUGGUAUGAUUUUGCGGAAUCCCCGGCCAGACUUUCGGCCUAGGGAACCUUUUCUCAGCAGAGACCCAUUCCACAGUCUAAAGAGACCCAGGCCACCUUUUGCUAGGGGCCCUCCGUUCUUUGCACCAAAACGCCCAUUCUUCCCUCCCAGGUACUGAUGGAAACCAAGGGAAAAGCAUUUUGAACAGUCUAGAGAGCAUUGGAAGUAGGAGUUUGAUUUAUUAUUGUUUUUAUUUGAUUUCCUUCCUUUGAUCUUUUUUUUUUAAUGACAAAGGGCCUCCCUUCGAAAUUAAAAAGUCAAACAUGCUUGCAUUUCACUAUUCCAUCCAGUCUGCUCUCCCACUGCACUUAACCCAAGCUACUUGUAUUUUAUAGAGGCUGGGGGGCAAAGAAACACAACCAGAGCCACUUCAUUUGGCUGGGGGUUUGAGGGGGUGGGGAGGAAAACAAAUCUUACCCAUUUACUGAAGAGUAUUACAUUUGAAAUAAAACUUCCAUCAGUACAGAGAAUAACGUGCAAUGUUGGGAUGUUCUUUGGGCUUGGCUUAUCAAGUAGUCAAUGAAAGGAUUCCUUUCCCCUUCUCUCUCCCAUUGAGUAACUACUGUGACCAGCUUGGCUCCCUUUCCUGUAUGCUCUGUGCCCUGCUGACAAGCCAAGAGAUGUUGCAAGGGGAAAUAGGUGGGAGACCGUGGACCUUUGAAGUUUUGUUUUGUUUUGUUUUGUUUGGUUUUUUAAAGACCUAUUGAAGUUGGGUUCUUUACCUCUCUCCUAAAAUCUUACCAAAAAAAAAAAAAAAAAUGAACCUCUUCUUCUAAAGGACUAUCUGUAACUUUGAGGAGAUACAGGUGUCAUUCUAUCCUAGUAAAAAUUAUUACUCUUCAUCCUUGGAAUGAAAGAGAGGGGGCUAAAUAUAAUCUCCAGGUUAAAAUAAGGUGUGCCUCCAAUGUUAGAGUUAGAGACAGGAACCAGUAACGGUGCCGUGUGACCUGCCCAUUGCUCAUAAACGAGAACGGGAGACUUCUAUAGCUUGGCACGUCCUGCAACCAAGCUCAUGCUUCUUGCUUUUCUUUCUUGAUUGACUUUUUCUCCCUCAGUUUGCACGUCUGCUUUGGCCAGAAAGAAAAGUCACUACAGUUGACAAUUGCUAAUAAAGGCACAACUGAAAUAUUAUCUUUGAAUUUUUUGGUGUAAGAGAUAGACGUUUUUACCAUGGUGCCUCCCAAAUGUUAAGUGAUGCUUGAUGGUUUUCAGCAAAGGUGGAGUAGUAGGGAAAGGGAACUAUUGACCUGCAUCUUUCUUUCCUCUUCGCCCUAGUCCUGUAUUUACCCCUCUUCUUGGUAUUUCAAAGGAGGAGGUUGGAUAGCAUCUUUCUGUACAUUCUACCUCUUCAGAAGCAUUUUAGUGACAAGUGGGUAUACAUAUCUUUACAGAGGAGGACCUGAGAAAUCCAAAUUUCCCCCAUUCUACAGCUAGCAGCCUGUCACAUUUCAAGGCUCAAGCCUUAUCCCCACCUUCUGCUUCCCCUAGGAAAUAAAGAAUGUUUCUGCCCUUAGUCAUUUUACACAAGAAUGGUUUGCUUUCCUUCUCCCCAAACUGAAAGGCUUCUUUAUAUUUCCACAACUAGUACUGGGAAAAAAGACAAUCAGUACGCUUUGAGUGUUUAUAACUUUAUAUCAAGGAACACUGAAAAGCAAAUACUGCUUUACUAUUAUUUUAUAUUAUUUAGUGUCUUACCCCAAGGUAUACACACUGGUAAUAUCCAGCUAGAUGAGUAAAACAAUAUGUGUUCUUUUUUUAGGGAAUCCUAGCAAGUUUCAUAUUUUCUUCUAUGUGAGUAUAGAACUGUAGGAAGUAUAGGGAUUGCUUUGGAUUCCUCUAGUAAAAUAUUAAACAUGGGGGAGAGUGGACAA